GUUGCAUAGAACCGCUUUGCACCAGCCUUAAGGGCAUCCAAACCCGAUUUAAUUCGUGGUUCUCCAUUUAUGCCAAGUUUGAUCCCGAUAGAGUUACACUUGUUCAAAAAAAAAUAUGAUGAGCGCGGUAAGGAAACUCAUCGUGGCGCCACUUUCUCCACCAACUCUAGCCCCUCAGGCUGGGGAGGUGAUUGUUCAAAUCGUGGAAGACACAACCGGCUACACUGGUUCUGUUGUAGAAAAUUCAAGCGCCGAGCCAUGCGUCGAGGAUGACAGGAAAAGUGGGUCUGAUGUCAUGGAUACUAGUGCUUGUGCUAGUGCUCGAGUUGUUGAGUCAACUUACGAGUCUGAGUGCCUACCCGAACAGUGCCCCGAUGGUGUUCCUCUGAUUGUGACUGAUCAUGCCCCUACAAAUGGUGUUAAUGGAGACAACCAUUGGCGAAGCCUCUCUAUCCUGAAGAAAGUUUCCCCAGGCAACAAUGUGAUUUUUUCUGGAUGCACAAAGGAAUUUGAGACAAGAGCUAUUGAGGUUAUUGUCUUUUGUGGUUCUAAAUGUUUUGCGCAAGAGGACAUCGUUUUUCAACCGUUGGUUACAUGGAGCAGUUUUCUUCAUACGGAUGGUGCUUUGGAUCCCACACAUUCUUUUGGUGCUCCAAGGAUCAAGGUGUUUGACCCCGGAGGAUGGUCGAUGAACGGUGUAAUUUUUUCCCGUUCUUUAUUUGAUUUCCAACUUGAGGACAAGUUGGUUUUCAAGACAGGAAGAGUGAUACGGGUUUAUAUUUAGUUAUUUACCAUUAUUAUUAUAUU